UCCGCAUAGCCAAGAAUACUAUCAAUGGCUUCCGCAUCCUCAUCUUCACCCUUAGUGUCCGUGACGCGAGAGGAGUUCAAUGCUUUCCACAAGUCUGACAGAGCCCUUUUCACCCGUCUUGUCGUACGUCUAAGGCGAGACAUUAGCCAGUCUCUUCAGGUCAUGAGCUUUCUCCUCUAUCUCGAGAAAAGUGGUCUCCGGAUCCUCAUGCACCUAAUCGUGAAUCUUGUCUCUUUACCGGACUAUUUCACCAACUCCGUGGCUGACGAAGUCAUGAUGUGUCUGAGUUGCUUGUCCUACAACACUUUCUCAUCGUUUGUCGCCAGCACCGGGAUGAACAUCAACUCCUCUACCAUACCUUUGAUCACGCGAAUGUCUGGAGGGUACUUUACUCUCGAAGUCAUCCACCAGAACCGCGAAAACAUUCUCCUUGCGAUGAAGAAGCAUUUAAACAGCAUCUGUUACCCAGCUUUUGAGGAUAUAUGCGUGCGAGCUGAGAUGAAUAAUAAGGAGAUUCUAGAGAAGGAAAAGGCGAUAGAGAUGAUGAAGCAGUUGAGUAUCAACAGGGCUGUUCGUAGGCCUGAAUCAAGCAGCCAGUUCUUAAGUGAACAACAAGAAACAGCAAGAACAAGCAAUGUUGGUGCAAUAUUCUCUGAGGAUGAGCAAUCUAGGGAAGACGUAAGGACUGUCUUCCUCACAUUUUCUAGAGGAUACCCAAUCACUGAAGCAGAAGUGCAUGCCUAUUUCACCAGGUAUUGA